UCAUGAUACACAAGACUAGAUGGAGUUUUCUUGCCUUGUUACUACAAAUUUCUUGGCAAAGGGUCGUGUGUAUUGUCCCCUUGGUAUGCAUUACGUAGGCAUUAUAUCCAUUUAAAUUCUCUAGAAAUAAAAUAUGCAUGUUGCUGUUUUCACUUCAUUAAGAUAGAGUGCCUGGACGAUUAGUUUGUUAUUGGGCAUGCUGAAGUACCGGUCCUCGAAUUUCACAUGAGUUUGAAUUCUUCUUUGGCAUUGGUAAUUUGUAUUGUGGUUUAGGUUUGGGGAUCAUUGUAUUUUGUCGCGAAAUAAUAGUUCACUUCAUUUCUUGAUUAUCUAUUUUUACUUUUCUGCCGCAGAAUACUACUGUGUUAUGUACAACAGUAUAUUCUAGUUUUAGCUAGUAUUUGAGAAAAAAACUAUUUAGCUACUGGAUUUCUACUUUUAAUCUCAUCAAUUCUUCCUGUUAUAAUGGGUGAUCUGUAAUAGUGUAAUGCGAUGUCAGUUUAUUCAUUAAUUUUCUUGAUACAGAUUUUUAAGAUUUUUUUUCCAGAUACUCUUGUGUCGCAGGAUGUCAGGCUUCACUAUGGCACUCGCCAUGCCAGCGACAUUAAAAUGUACCAAAACUGGUGAAAAUAAAAGACUCAAGUAUGCUGUAUCAGCAAUACAAGGAUAUUGUGAAAACAUGGAGGACUCUCAUACCAUAGCAGAAGAUAUUGAUACAAAUACACUCUUCUUUGGUGUUUAUGAUGGCCAUGGAGGGCCUGCUGUUGCAAAGUUUUGUGCCAAACAUCUACACACUGAGCUUCUCAAUCAUCGAGGGUUUCAUGAUAGUCUCGCUUCUGCAAUUGAGAGAACUUUCUUCAGAAUUGAUGUUAUGCUGAGGGAUAGGAAUUUUGAAAAGGAGUUAUCCAAGUAUGGAGGUAACAGGCACUGGAGAAAAUUUAAAAAGGAUCUUUGCAUGAGCCACAUCUUGCCAUGCUUUGUACAGCGACCUCCCUAUAAAGGACCACUAGUUGAUGGAUGCACCGCAUGUGUUGCUCUGAUUAGGGGCAACCAAAUUAUAAUUGGAAAUGCUGGUGAUUCACGUUGUGUACUCUCAAGAAAUGGCCAGGCUAUCGCUUUAUCCACAGAUCAUAGACCGUGCAUUCCAGCUGAAAGGCAGCGAAUUGACAAAGCAAGAAAUGCAACUGUAAUUAAUCGAGUUAGAGGCAAUGCCCCUCAAAUUGAUGAUGGAAAGACUUCGAGAUCUAUAGGUGACCUUAAAUGCAAGCAGAGUAUCAGCUUGUUUCCCCAGGAUCAAAUAUUGAUUCCUUUUCCAGAAGUGCACUCUGAAACAAUAACCGAAGACUCUGAAUUUCUUGUCAUAGCAUGUAGUGAAUUCUGGGAUUUAAUGACAAACCAACAGGCAGUUGAUUAUAUUAAGACAUACUUAAAAGCUGGUGUUGACCUGAGUUACAUCUGCAAGUCGCUGCUAUUAUACUAUGAAAGACAUCAAAAAGGGGGAAAGAACAUGACCAUCGUGAUCGUUGUGUUCAAGAAGCCCGCCAAAGCCCAUCCCGUGCUCCCACCUGCCACUGGCCAAGAAACUGCAAGAACACAGGGCCAUCUGUCCAAGAUUGCUGAAGUGAUGAAAAUUGUUAAUGAUACAAUGAAAGCUCCAGAGUUGGCUGCUACGAUACAAGAAUUUAUCAAAGAAAUGGCGAAGGAUGGUAAGAUGGAAGAGAUGGUGAGUGUUGAUUCAGCUUUGGACUCUGAGGACAUGAAAAAGGAAAUUGAGGAGGUCGACAAGGUUCUUGCUUCGGUAAUAGGGGAGACUGCAUCCCAGCUACCAGAUGCUGCCAGGACACAGAAGAUACAACAAGCUUCAACAAACAAGGUUGUUCCAGAAGAGCGACAAGCUCUUGCUGAGGAUGUUGAUGACGACGCUGAUUUCCGAGAGGAGAUAACUGCCCGGCUUGCAGCCCUGAGGUGUCUAACCUGAGGCGUCUAACCUGCAGAGUCCAUGGACUACGAUAUAUUACAACAAAACCGUUGUAUGGUAAAUUGGGUUGAUGAGUGAUGAUGGUUGUUUCCCCCUCACUUGACCCGGCAAGGUAUUGUUUGCACAGUAAGCAAUGUGAUGUGGAGCGACUUGCUGAUUUGAUCUGCGAAUUAAGAUUUAGCACCAGAAAAAAAAAUGAAUAAUGGUUUGUCUACUCUUCAGUAUAUCACGUUCUCACGUGUACAGAAACCAUGCGAACACAGCAACGAGCUGCCAAGAUUCGGUCCCCAGCAUUUUGUUCA